AGAUCGGUCCGGCCAAGGGCAAGACCCAGUACAGCCUUCUUCCGCGUCGCCACAGAGCUGACCGGGACCCGCGUGGGAGAAACUCGGAACGACCUUGGUGGCGGCCUCUGGGUCCCCGCAUGAGGACCUGCGUGCCCGGGAGAGACUCCCCCACUGUCCCCGCCCGCAGCCACCCAGCGUGGCCGGCGCAGACGGGAUAACCGGGGCGAGGCUGCAGGGAGGCGGCUGGCCAGUCCCACGUGGACCAGCUCCUCGUUGGGGGCGGGGCCGGGGGGACGUCCGGGCCAAUCAGCGCCGCUGCCCAGCUCACCAGGCUAGGCGCGCCCGAGCAGUCUGUGGUUGCGUCCUAUCGGAGGCGGGACUUCGGGCGGGCGCGGGGCUCGGCAGGUCACGUGAGCCGCAGAGCUGGCUAUAAAUAAGAGCCGGCGGCGUGCUCGCUAGAUGAUGGCCGCCGGCGCGCAGUGCGCGAUCUCUUCUCUCGCCUGCUGAGGCUCCCGCGGGCUGCUUCGCGAGUGGGUCAAGAAGUCCCUCCGUGCUGUUCCCGGUGUGGCCGUCCUGGGUUGUGCGACCGUGGCUCGAGACUGCCUCAGCCUCGUUCUUCUGGUCUCGGUUCGGCCCUCCGUUUCCUUUGGAUGAACUUGCGUCCUUUCUCUAAUCCGCCAUGGAAUUCUGCUCCGUGCUUUUAGCCCUCCAGAGCCAAAGAAACCCCAGACAACAGACGCCCAGACGCAACGUAUAGCAGUAACUCCCCAGCUCGGUUUCCGUGCCGUAGUUUACAGUAUUUAAUUUUAUAUAAUAUAUACUAUUUAUUAUAGCAUUUUUGAUACCUCAUUCCGUUUACACAUCUUGAAAGCCGCUCAGUAAUUCUCUUAUUAUUUAAAGAACCACUACACUAGAGAAUGGCAUCUACUGUGGAGACGAUUACUAGUACUCUAGCUGCUGUUACUGCUUCAGCUCCACCGAAGUAUGACAAUCUGUGGAUGCUCAUCCUGGGCUUCAUCAUUGCAUUUGUCUUGGCAUUCUCCGUGGGAGCCAAUGAUGUAGCAAAUUCGUUCGGUACAGCAGUAGGCUCAGGUGUAGUGACCCUGAAGCAAGCCUGCAUCUUAGCUAGCAUCUUCGAAACUGUGGGCUCCGCCUUGCUGGGGGCCAAAGUGAGUGAAACCAUCCGGAAGGGCUUGAUAGAUGUCGAGAUGUACAACUCAACUCAAGAUCUGCUCAUGGCUGGCUCGGUCAGUGCUAUGUUCGGUUCUGCUGUGUGGCAACUAGUGGCUUCGUUUUUGAAGCUCCCUAUUUCUGGGACCCAUUGUAUUGUCGGUGCGACCAUUGGUUUCUCCUUUGUGGCAAAGGGGCAAAAUGGUGUCAAGUGGUCUGAACUGAUAAAAAUUGUGAUGUCUUGGUUCGUCUCUCCACUGCUUUCUGGUAUUAUGUCUGGAAUUUUAUUCUUCCUUGUUCGUGCGUUCAUCCUCCGUAAGGCAGAUCCAGUUCCUAAUGGCUUACGAGCUUUACCAGUUUUUUAUGCCUGCACAGUUGGAAUCAACCUCUUUUCCAUUAUGUAUACUGGAGCACCGAGGCUGAAAUCUCCUAGAAGGUGGCUGGCCUGCACCCAUUGCAGAAGGCUGCAGGCUAGUGUAUGCUGAGUUAACCUAGAUAGGUUUUCAACCAAAGAGACCUGCUCAGAUUCUAAAUCACUACAGACCUUUCCUCUUUAGUCUUCACAGGAUCCACUGAUAAUAUGACCUUCUCCUCCCCUUUCUUGUAUCUAUGCUAAAAAUGCUGGAAAUGAUACUGGCCUCAACUACUGAAGAGUCAUUAGUUAAUCUGUUUGUCAAUAAUCAGCCAUUUAGGACUGGUUGUUAGAUGUCACUUUUCUCUCCCAGUUGGAGCCGUUUCGGUUUGUUUCUAAGUUCUGAGUUUGCACCCCCGAACUGACUUGAAUGAGAAGAGUUGGGCUGUGUAACACCUGGUCUAAUCACACUUGGAAGAAUUUCCACAGCUAAGAGAAAGCAUUUGAGAGGAAUAUAAAGGCUUUGGUGUUGAUUGCUUUCAUACUGGGACUAAGGGGAGGGGAGGAUUCAGUUGUCAACUGAGAGAUUGAUAGAGCAGCCCUUGUGAGGCAGAGCAGCACAGGUCUGGCAUACAAGCUCAUGUGACUUGCUGGUUCUUAACUACAUAGGACCUUAGGCAUUGACUACACUCAUUCCUCUGAGUAUCUCACGGGAAGGGGGAAGGCUGCUGCCCAGGGCACCCCGUGUCUGUGUGUAAAUAGGGCUAAAGUAGCAAAGUGAUUAUCCUUAUAUGUGCUCUCAUCCCCAGCUCUUAAAGGAUUUAGUGCUUGUCACCUCCAAAUUGGUCCCACCUCUGGUUCAUGGAUUGUGACCUGUAUAGUGGCACUGGAAUGAUGUAGUAAGUCAUCGAGCAAAACAAAACAGCACAGUAUUUCUCAUUAUUUUUGAAAUGUCAGUAAAGAAACACACGAUGGGACUGGCCUCGGUGUAGGGACUUUGCUACUUUUGUCCUUUAUGAUCAUUUAUAAGAAAACCCAGUCCUUUCAUUCCCUUUUGACUUGGAAUGUAGACAAAUUUAAACUGAUAGAGCCUGAUUAGACCUCAUGGAUAUUUUACUUUGUAUGACUUUACUGCCUGGUCCAGUUGAAAGUAGAACUUAAAUGAAAAGACCAGCAAACAGAACUUCAGGUCUGAAGGAUUUCAGCUUAUGUCUGAUUCUUCAAGGCUAGUUCUUAGUAUUUUAGUAUUUUCUGUCUCUUUUACAGUGCUAGGGAUUAAAUCUAGAGCUUUGUGCAAGCUAGACUGAGCUGUAGCCUCGACUUGGUUUUGACAGAACAGUAAUGUUCCCAUUUUAUAAAUGACUUACUAUGCAGUAAGCAAAAUCAAGUAAGACAAGCGCAAGUGACUUUGCUGUGGGAAGGAACACUCAGACAGUGGUGUGGGAUUCAGUGCUGUCAAUGGUCUCCACUCUAGGAUAGGCCAACAGUCCCGGUUGCCUGUGUGCAAGCUGACACUCGCCAGUACUUCUGAUCUUAUGUCCUUGAGCCAGGGGAAAAGUAUUGGAGGACAAGUCUCUGGCUUCUUACUGAACUAGCACUAAACUUAUCCUUUGUGAAGGACAGCUAUUUAAGCAAGUGUCUUCCCGUAGUUACUAGCCCUAUUUUCUGUAGGUUUAAUGAUGCUUUUGUGGAGAGAAUCAGUUUCCCCAAAGGCUGCCUGGUACAGUGAGUGUAGUAACUUUUCUUAACAGUGUGCAUAUCAGCAUGACACUGACUUGAGGCCCUUUCCUUUUUGACAUUAAAACAGAUCCUAUGUAAGUGUAAUGUGGGGCAGUUAGGAUGAGGAGCUGGGUGGAGAAAGGGAAGCUUUGAUUGGCUUUAUAGCUACCGGUCUGUGCAGGGAUUCUUUAGAUCUGAGGGCCCAGCACAUGAAGAGAGUUAGCUUGUGAGUCCAGCGAGUGUUUCAGUGGCUCUGGUUGCUGUGAGGUUAAGGUUCUCUCCAUGGUCUGUAUAGCCAGCAGCCUGACGAAACUCUGGAAUGGCAGCAGCUGUAAAGGGUGACAGUGACGGGCUGGCUUGGGGAAGCCCUCCUUCCCCGCAGGAGGGUUUACACAUUGUUGCAGGGGGCUCUUGCCCUGGGGUUUUCAAGAUGCACCAUUUUAUC